AUGACUGCUGCUACUCUUAGGGCUGCUGCUCCUAGAACUGGUUCUUACGCCAAGUACUUGGUGUUCGGUGGUGCUGCCACUGUGGCUGCCACUGCGUUUUAUUUCAACAACAACAAUAACAAGGUCCCCCAACCUCAAAAGCCUUUGAAGAACCUCUUGCCCUUUUUGGGCGGGUCCGCUGCUAAAAUUGUCAAUACUGCUGAACCCGAGCAAGGUAAAACCCAACAAGACUUCCAACAAGUCUACAAUGACAUUGCUAAGAAAAUCGAAGCUAAUGGCGAUUACGACGGCGGCAAAGGUCCCUACGGUAUGUUGGUGAGAUUGGCUUGGCAUGCGUCUGGGACUUACAAUCAAUACAAUGGUCAAGGUGGUUCGUAUGGUGGUGGUAUGAUUUACGCCCCUGAGAGCUCCGACCCUGAAAACGCUGGUUUAGUGAUGGCUAAGGACUUCUUGUCUGAAAUUCAAUACAAGUACCCCUGGAUUUCCAGAGGUGACUUGUGGACUCUUGGUGGUGUUGCUGCGAUUCAAGAAGCUUCGGGCCCCAAGAUCAAGUGGAGACCUGGUAGAGUCAACUACGUUGACGCUACGAAGAUCGUCAAGAAUGGUAAUUUGCCCGAUGCUACCAGAGAUGCCAGCUACGUCCGUAAUUUGUUUAAGCGCUUGAACAUGAGCGACCAAGAAACUGUCGCUUUGAUUGGUGCUCAUGCUUUGGGUUCGUGUCAUGAAAAGUACUCGGGAUUUGAUGGUCCCUGGACUCACUCGCCUGAUGUGUUUACGAACCAAUUCUACACCGAAUUGUUGGGCAAGUGGUACCCCAAGGUCGUUCAAUACAGCGGUAGACACCAAUUCGAAGAUGAAGCUACUCACUCAUUGAUGAUGUUGCCGACUGACAUGUCGUUGAAGGAAGACGAAGGUUUCCGCAAGUACGUAAAGCUUUAUGCCGAAGAUGAGCAAUUGUUCUUCAAGGACUUCGCCGCUGCCUUUGCUAAGCUUUUGGAAGGUGGUAUUAACUUCGGUAAUGCUCCUGUGUGGACCUUCAAGACUCUUGAAGAGCAACAUUUGUAG